GUGUCAUCAACACGACGCAAAAGCUCGAUCAAAUCAUGCUCAGAACAACAAUGGCCACUCUGUUUCACCCCACCACCAAGCUGUACUCUUUACCCCUCAAGGCUUUCGUCUUACACUCGCUUCGCAAACCCCAGUGGUUAAUAAAUCGACAAAGCUACCCUCGAGCUGAUAGAACAAUCUUAUCCAUCAACACACCUCGUUCUCUAUCAUCUACAGCAGUUCCCCAAAUUUCUAACGACACGACUUCUUAUUUGGACAACAGUUACUUGUCUUGCUCAAUGCUGAAUAGCAAGCGCCCUCUCAAAAUUGCGGUUCUUCUCAGUGGUGGCGUUGAUAGCAGUGUCGCACUUCGCCUCCUCCAUGCAGCCGGACAUUCCUGUAACGCUUUCUACCUUAAAAUCUGGUUCCAAGAAGAUUUCCAGAACUUUUGGUCUGAAUGUCCAUGGGAAGAGGAUUUGAAGUAUGCAAAAGCUGUUUGCAAUCAGGUAUCUUACCUUAUUGAUGAGUAUAAAUGUGGGUGUACACCUAACCCUGAUGUUCUUUGCAAUACAAGAUUCAAAAUUGGUGCGUUCAUGGAUGCCAUUAGUAACAUGGAUUUUGAGUUUGUUGCUUCUGGACAUUAUGCAAAAGUUAUUCACGCCCUUACAGAUGAAACCAAUGAGCUUUUAUUUCUUCAGCUGUCAAAGGAUAUGGAUGAAGUCCGAAGGCUUGCCCGAAAAUUUGAUUUGCCUAACCAAGAAAGAAGGGAUUCACAGGGAAUAUGCUUUCUUGGGAAGGUUCGGCAUGGUCCGUUUUUCUAUGAUUGCAGUUUGCAUAUAGAAGAAAAAGAUGGUAUUGGCACUGUCCAAUUACCUGAAGACGAUCAGGGUUUUGCAGCUGGCCAAUUUGCAGCUUUUUAUCAACAAGAGCUUUGUGUGGGGUCAGGGGUAAUUUUUGAAUCAUGGUAUGAUGCUAUGGGGUUUCCUGUUUCUUUUUCUGUUUCUGUUUCUGACAAGAGUCGUCAUAUUGCAAAAAUGGAAGAUAAAUCUAAGCUUGGUAAACCCGUCAAGAUCAAACCAAAACCUCAAGAUUGUUUGAGGGAUUCGAUAUGUUAA